AGAUCCAGUAGCUAUGAUUGCUAAAUCGCGAUGUUUUGGGAAAUUGUCUCAGAAGAUCUGAUUAAUUCUCUGAUGGUGUCGAAUUUGAUAUUUUCUCUGACGCAAUGUGUUACAGUACUUUUUAAAAAACGUGUUUGAUACUUUGCACACGAAAGUAUCUAUUACAUUGGAACAUAGUUAUUUAUCAGGAAAAGGUUUUGGACCGCGGAAUGUCACAAUUACGUGCGUCUAGUGCUGAAGGUAAAUACCAUUUUACUGUUCCAGACAUUCUUAUAAUCUCACUUUUGGUUUAUGAUUCCUUCAGUAAAUAAACUUUGAAUUCGAAGCAUUUGAAUUAGUUUUCAUGUUUACCAACCAAAGAUUACUUCUGCAUCAUUAUUUAAACACCUUCAUUCUUCAACCAGCAAUUUUAUUUUGUAAAUGACUGUUAGCGUCUUGCUGUGCUAUGGAUGACUUUUCAAAAACUGUUUGUUGGCAUUAUAAUACGUGAUACUAGUGUGAGUGAUUGUGCAAUGAUAUUAUUAGUUCCUAGUCCCAAUUAUAAGCUGGUUGCUUUUUAGAAAACCUUCUCUGAAGACUCGAACAAUGUUCGACAAGUUUAACAUUUUUUGACGUCAGAAGAUUUUUUUCAUAGAGUACUUGUGUUGCGAACGAAGUUAUUUUUGUUUAUUUAUUUAUCCAUUUUCAAGUACUUAAAACUAGUAAGGAAGACUAGUGAGAAGGAAUUACUCCGUGGAAGCAGAGUACUUGUGAAGUUUAAAGAAAAAUCAUGAGAAAUAUAUAUGAUCUAUUUUAUAUGUGAGCAAGGAACGACAUUAAUGAAGUAACUAUGCAUAUAAAUGAAGGAUCAAAAUUGAUGGCGCUGUCUGUUCAGUUGCAAAUAUCAAACAUCAAACAACUUUUUAUGUAAAAUAAAGUAGUAUUUAUUUAUCAAUUCUUAUCGUUUUACGUACCUUUGUGAUUUUGAAGAAAUCUAUAUUGUUUGGAGAAAAAUCAUCUGAAGUAAUGGAUUUGCUUUUGUUUUGUUGUUGUGGAGUUACAGGUGCAAAAUGCUUUCCACUGAGAUUGGAACAAAAUUAAUACAGCUAAGGUUAUUAGUUGAUCAUAAGAUUGUGCUGUUUUUAUUUUAAAAUGUGUAUAUGCAUCUUCAUGUUUUGAUCAACACAAUAGAUGAAGAACAAAGGUGUGUGCUUAUACGCUGAAUAAACUCUUGUUUGAGUUGAUCUUUUUAAGUCCAAUUUACCCUUAAGAACGUUUUACGGAAGCUACGAUGUGCAAGUAUUUGAACAAAAAAUCACAGAUAAAUAAGACGAAAAUUAAUUCACAAAAUUUGAAAUUAUCAAAGCUUUAUCAAUCUGAAGUAACAGAACUUUUUUUUUUUUGUUAACGAAAGCUAAGAUAACUCACUUUUUCACUAUCGACAAAAAUCUUACGUAUCAGAUUUAGAAUUCUAAAAUAGACAUGAAGAACAAACUUGAGACGUUUCAGACAGUUCAUACUGCAGCGUGCACUUUUUGGCUUGCGUCCAGUGAACGAAAUACAGUCACUAUACUCGCACACGGCUGGGAAAAUAGAGCGAUUUUAAAAUAUUUCAAAACAAGAACAUCAGCUACGCUCUUUGGAAAUCAUCAUCGAAAUUCUGUUGUCUUUAUCGACACGCAUAAAAACUGUACGUCGCUUUAUUCUGAAGAGAGAAAAUGAUAGAAUUGGAAACUUAUCCUCUAAUCAUGGAAAAAGCAAACGAGAAAUCACCUCUAAAGAGCGUUUCGCUCCAAAAAAAUCUGAACCUAUUCAGUGGUUCCAUGUUCACCAUAGGCAGCAUGAUUGGAACAGGGAUUUUCAUCUCUCCUAAGGGUGUGCUGUUAGAAGCUGGAUCUCUGGCCAUGUCUCUCAUCGUGUGGUGUGCAGCGGGUGUGACUUGCAUGUUGGGCGCAUUUUGCUACAUGGAACUUGGAACCACUUUUCCCGAAUCGGGAUCAGACUACACCUACUUGCGGAUCUGUUUUGGAGACUUCCUUUCCUUUCUGUACCUGUGGGUGAGGAUGGUGCUUUCUUCGCCGAUUUCAGGAGCAGUGCAGUCUCUGGUAUUCGCCAAUCACAUUUUGGAGCCUUUUUUCCCUUGCCACUCUAUACCACCGAACGCUUUGCGUCUGACUGCUGCGCUGGUUUUAUGUCUUUUAACGUACGUCAACUGCAGAAAUGUUGACUGGGUGACAAAAGUUCAAAAUGUCUUUACUUUCGCUAAAGUUUCUGCUUUAAUUGUGGUUAUUUCAACAGGGAUGUUCUUCUUAAUACGUGGAUACAAUGACAAUUUUAAGGACCCUUUCGAGGGAACUACAACAGAACCUGGACGCAUUGCUCUGUCGUUUUAUUCAGCUCUUUUUGCGUACACUGGAUGGAAUUUUUUAAAUUGUGUAACUGAAGAACUGCAUGAUGCAAAUAGGAAUUUGCCCAGAGCAAUUCUUCUAUCUCUCUCUUCCGUGAUGGUCAUCUACAUUUUAACGAACGUUGCGUAUUUCGCUGUCCUAACUCCAGAUGAAAUCAUAGCCUCCAACGCUUUGACAGUGGUAUUUGGAGAUAAAAUACUGGGAAUUUUGUCUUGGAUCAUGCCACUUUUGGUAGCAGUUUUUUCAUUUGGUAGUGUUAACGUUCACAUAUUCUCAUCUGCAAGGUUACUUUUUGUGGGAGCUCGUGAAGGCCAUUUGCCGAAGGUGCUUUCCUUCAUCAACAUACACUACCUCACACCAGUGCCAAGUCUCAUCGCUCUUUGCCUUAUGACCAUGGUGCACCUUUCAACGACACAAAUAUACGUUCUGAUCAAUUAUUUAUCUUUCGUGGAUUCCUGUUUCUCAUUCCUGGUUGUCGGAGGUUUGGUUCGACUCCGGUACAGUCAACCAGAUAUCAAGAGACCCAUUAAGGUGAAUAUUCUGUUUCCAGUGCUGUACAUGCUGGUAUGUCUUUUCCUCAUAGUGUUACCCCUCUACAGGGAGCCAUUGCGGAUGAGCAUCGGUGUCCUCAUGAUGUUGACCGGCGUUCCAAUCUAUUUUGCAGCCACCGCUUGGCAGGACAAACCUCUCAUCUACAAGCAAAUCAGUGAAAAAAUUACUGAAUGGUUACAAAAACUACUGUUAAGUAUUUCGGAGGAAAGAAAUGAUUCCAAUUCACCAGUCUCACAAAUAAAUGAGAACUCGUCAGCUAAAGCUCAAGUUGUUGGGGAAAAGGAAAACAAAUCCCAGACAACAGUUCUCCCUCCUAAAUAGGAUGGAUUUGUUGGAAGUUCUAGAAGGUAUAAACAGUAGCUUUUCUGAAUGCAUUAUGGAGCUAAAAACGUAAAUGGCAUUAGUAUGGAAACACAUGAUGCGAAAAAGUUGAAUUCAUGGAGGGAGAGAAGUAAAACAUAUGAACUGCAUUAAAAAAAAAAAAA